CUCCUCGGGCUCGGCGCUGAUGUGGAUGAGUUGCUUUAUCUGAUCCUUGGGUGAUGCUUUGUGUUUGUUGAUCUGUGGCCCAGUGUGCGGGUUAGAUGGCGUUGCAGUCAAGCGGUGCCGCGAGUCCACGACGGUCGCCUCUCCGGCGCUCAAGCGACCUGCCACAUCCCACGUCUGCUGCUACUGACUCCGUCGCUGCACCUGGCAGACCGUCGCUAUCCCACAACUGCAACUCCAACCGUCGGCACACCGGACCAACCAUGGCGGAGUACCGCCAGCUGGCGCCCGACGCAGCAAUGUGCCGUAAGAAGUCCCUGCUACCUUUCUCGUCAUCACCAAUGCAGCGGCGGCCAGACAACAGCGGCAAGUGGCACGGAAGGGCCGUCCGGGUGCUGCUGGCGCUCUUCUCUGUGGCCUUCAUAUCCCUCUUGGUGGUGCACACCGGCCUGGGACCCCCACCUGCCAUUCCUCGGCUCUCUCUACCGGCCAUCGUGACAACUGGCCCUCCAGCAGCGGGAGAUGGCAAGGCCGCGGCGGUGCAGGCGGAGUCAUCGGCAGAGGUGAAUGUGAAUGUGGUGCCGCAGUACAAUGACUCGGCCUAUCAGGCGGUGGCCAACGACAUCUAUCGGCUCAAUACGAUGAGCGGCGACCCAUUCCACCUCCCCGAGGGCGCUUAUUUCGACCGGCCGCUGGGCUACGCUGACGUGACGAUCGACCGCCUCACCGGCAAGCCGCGGCACAACGCCUCAUCAACCACCCAUUCCCAGCGUGCAGCCGGCAGUCGUUCGUUCGGGUAUGACGCUUCCCUCUAUCGCUCUGACGAGUGGACACGGCCAACGGGGGGAAACCAGCACGAGUACGCGGCCUACCAGUUCUCGCCCUUCCUGCCCCUCAACCCCGAUGUGGUUGUCCGAUCGGCCUUCUGGGACAGCGACCUCCGGCUGCUCAAGAGCCCGAUGUCGAAAUUCCACAUCAGCCAGUGGCCGCCCUCUGUGUUUCGCGCCAUCCGUGAGGGCCGGGCGAGGGGCGGCGUGGCCUUCAAUCUCGAGGUCAAGUACGAGGUGUACAAGGCGGCCGCUGGCGUCUUUGCCGGCUGCUCGGCGGGGGGCGACCAGGGCGUGUCGUCUGUGUUCACCCUGCUCGAGCCCAAGGAGAUCAACGACUGGAUCGGGGGGCCCAAGCGGUUGCGCAAGCCGCCCAUCACCCACCUGCACAUGGUGCUCCUCUGCCCGCAGAAGCGGCCUGGCCCAUCCCGGUCGGCCGUCCAGCCCUCUGACUUCCCCUUCAUCAUCACGCGCCCCCUGGACACUCUGCGUGCGGCGAAAAGGGGAGAGGUCGAUAGUGUGGCUGUGUACGAGAAGCGCUACUCGCAAGAGCCCCUGUGGAGCCCCCCCACAUCCCCGCACCCAUCCGAUGGCGACGAGCGAGGCGGUCUGGCGGUGCUGGUCAAGUCCACGCGAGGCGGCCCAUCGGCCGUGGCCGGCGAGGGCCUCGACGAGAGGCGGAUCAUGGCGUGGCUGGCGCACAUGCGCGGCAUCGGCGUGACGCAGAUCUACGUGUACGUCGUGGCUUUGUGGGACGACGACCACCUCGAGGGUGACGGUGAGAGCGGCUAUCCGCCCGGGAGGAGGGAGGGCAGCCGGCCCACACUGCGGCUGGCGCUGGAUGAGCGGAUCGAGCGGCUGUUUCGUGAGCAGGAGGGGUUCGUCACGAUCGUGCCCUUCCCACAGUAUAUCGGCCAGUGGUGAGCGAAGAAAGGACAUGAGACGUCUGUACGUGGAACAACACAGCGAAUGCGGCCUUCCGUGUGUGUGUGUGUGUGUGUGAUGCAGGUGCUAUCGUCCCUGGCGUGAUCGCGUGACUUGGGGCCCCUGGCCGCUGACCUACACCUACUGCUAUGCGGAAGGCAGCUCCGUCCAGGAUGUCAUCUAUCGCUUCAGGUAGGCCUGGCCUGACGCAGCGCAGGUGACGUGACAAACAUGGGGAGACAGCGACAGCAGGACAUUCACCCGAUCUGCUCCCUCCCUCUCAGAUGGAGCCACCGCGCCGUCAUCCUGAUCGAUCUCGACGAGUACUUCCUCCUUCCCCUGCCCAGCAACCCCAUCGGCUUCCCCAUGGUCAACGAAACCCUCACCCCCACGGCUUUCUUCAACACCGUCCCUCCUCCCUCCCCCCAGCGCACCCUCGACCUAUGGUUCGACCGGCACCUGGAGCACAGCUACCGGAGGAAAGACACUCAUGCGGUCUUCCUGGUUGGCUAUCGGCAGUACUACCCCGACUGCGUGGUGAGGAGCGACGGCAGCAGCUACUACGAUGUGAUGGACCUGGGGACGCUGCGGCACGCCCCACACUCGUGGCUGUUCAAGGACAUGAACCCCGGAAAGUCAUUCUUCCUCCUCCCCACACCCGUACGACGGCCAUCCCUCCACGCACACACACACGCACACACACAGAGAGAGAGAGAGAGAGAGACGGGGGCGUGUGUGGACGUUGGUGUUUUGUGUCAGGUGGUGAUGGGUCUGCACUAUGAGCGCACUCGGCUGAUGCGAGCCCGCACCGAGAACGCCCUCAUAGCCCACAUCCACCGCGGCUGCCCCCUCCCAAAGCCACCCGAGGCGCCCGACCUGCUGGAGCUCAUCAAGCGGACCAAACACGGCGCCGACGACGCGCAGACAGAGGAGGAACUGACGCGUGACGAGAAGCUGCACGAGGGGUGGGAUCUCGUAUGGCCCGCCGACACGCUCAAGCAGGGUACAGAAUGGAGACACAAACAGAUGUCUAGACCCCCACCAACGGGAUUUGUCGUCAGGUGGUCGGGCCAUUCUGCCGGUGGUGCAGAGGGGCUUCUCAGCCUGUCACGGCCUCAACGGCAUCUACAACGCCUCCACCCACAGCUGCUGCGCUGCCCACUGCCAGCGGUGCGGCCCGCCCCCUCUGUGGCCGCAGGACCCCCGCGGGCCGAUCGUGAGCGACGAGUGGGCCUACUUCAAAGAGAUCGGGGAGCGGGUCAGCGAGGGCAUCGGGGAGUGCUCGGCGUCGUGGGUGCGGAGGAACGGCCUGCCGUGUGGGGCGGCCGACGGCAGCCUACCCUGCUGGAUACAUGACGGUCAGUCAGUCAGCCGGCAAAGGGAGAAAGAACCAACAAGAAGACAAGACGAGACAUGCCGCGAGAGUUGUGAUGUGAGCUGUGUCUUGUGCCUUCAUGUAGAUGUGUUGCUGCCGCCAGCGGCCGGCAGAGCUCAGGAGAGGCACCGCCCGGCGAUCAUCGAUGCUCCAGAGGUGGAGGACGACAGUGAUGCAGCAGACGCCGACAGCGACGCAGCAGAUGCGGCAGACACGGGAGAAGAGGGGGAUGACAACCUGCCGCAGCCAGACGAACGCGAAGGCGACCAGAAGGAGAUAGGGUGAUUCCGAGGUUACUGUGGCGUUGUGUCGUGUUGUGUUGUCUUGUCUUGUCUUGGUGGCUUUUGUCUGUUGGCGUCGGUAGGGCGUGGCGUCGGCCAUUCAGGAUUGAUUUCGCUUGUGCGCGGGCUGGCGCUGGGUUGGGGAGACAAGCCCGCCCGUCCGUCCGUCCGUCCGUCUGUUUGCUUACGUUGGUUGGGUGUGCCGUGCCGGUCAGUGCAGGGCACGUGAGCCGCCGAUGCUCACCUACCUACCCACCAGCCAGCAAGAGAGCCAGUCGUGCAUGCAUUUUGUGUGUAUGUAUCCAUCCAUCGCUCGAUCCUUUCGUUGAUGGCCGGUGAGUUAGGUGUUCGACUGACUGACGUAUCUAUAUAUCGCAUGCAUCUUUUGUGGCCGGCCUUUUGUCUGUCUAUGUAUGUCUCGUACGAGGCUCAUGCGUGCCCACCGUACACGUGGAUCAAUCGCAUCACUGUCUGUGCGUUGUGUGUGGAUUUAUCGCAUCUAUCGGUGAAUAAUUCAAUAGCCUUUCGUCAGUCGUCAGGCGCGAAUCUCUAAGUCAGUCGGUCCCUCAAGUCAGUCAGUGUUGUGUGCGCGUGUCGUGCUCGCUGCGUGUUCCUGGCUGCCGCUGUGGCUGCAGACGAGAUCUGGGCGGGCAUCUGUACUGCCUGCAAGCCCAGACGCCGUCUGCGGCGGCAGACCAAGUGUG